AUGGCCACUUCGACACAACACGGAAUCACUCUCAAGGGUUCGACUGCCAUCGUUAGAGAAUACUUGCAUUAUAGCAUGAAUUCGAUCCUUUACCAGCGAAAUGUCUACCCACCGGAAAAGUUUACAAGCAAGAAACAGUACGGUAUACCAGUUCUAGUUUUGACGAAUGAGGAAAUCGUUUCUAAGCUGAAGGGGACUCUUGACAAAUUGGAAAACUGUAUCAAUUGCAACAAUGUUAGACAAAUAAUCCUGGCAAUCACCAACAAGCAAACGACGGAAGUUCUCGAACGAUGGGAAUUUGAUAUACACAACGAAUCACCCGCGAAUAAUGCGACAAAGAUGGACCAAAGCAAUCCCGUUUCAACCAAGGAACUGAAAAAGAUUCAGGCCGAGAUCAGAGCUGUCAUGUUGCAAAUAACGAGUAGCGUAAGCUUCCUUCCACUGCAUGAAUGUAGUUGUGCGUUUGAAAUUCUGGUACACUUUCGUGGUGAAACACCACCGGGAUGGUCACCAAGACCGAAUUCCGAAAUUCAAGACGCCCAAAACGUACAGCUGAAGUCAUUCUCUACAGGUUUGCAUAAGGUCGAUACGACUAUUCAAUAUAAGAAUGUCGAUUAG